AUGAAGCUCAUAGUUGUACAAUUCUUUAUGAUCACUCUUCUUCUCACAUCUUCACUUUUUGUAUUUUCAAACGCUGAUUCGGCAGCAUGCGGUGGAAAGUGUAAUGUGAGAUGUGCCAAGGCAGAUAGAACACAUGGAGAGUGCCUCAAAGACUGCAAUAUAUGUUGCGAGAAGUGUAACUGUGUUCCAUCAGGCACCUUUGGAAACAAAGAUGAGUGUCCUUGCUACCGUGAUAUGACUAACUCUAAAGGUGGAUCCAAGUGUCCUUAA